AUGGCCGAGUUCAGGGCAAGUGCUCCUAAUGAGCAGACCAUCGAGCCAAAACAUGUGCAAGUUCUGCGCGGAUCGAACCCGGCCGACCACGUCGGCGAUGCGAGCCUCCUGGAUAUCGUCCUUGAUGGCCAGUUCAAAGUCGAGAAACUCCUUCGGCACGACAACCAUGCCGUCGUAUACUCCGCUACUUCGUUUGCUUCACCCACGAUAAGCUUUGAAGCCCGUGCUUAUGUUCUGGAAGGCAUCCCGCAGAAGUUGCGACAGUAUCGACUAAGAAAUAUGAAGCGGCUGUCGAGCAGGGUUGUAUUGGAGACUCGGUGGCAGGGGAUGGCAGUCAUCAUGUACAGAACCAACGCUGAGGGUGGCGAGGAUCCGGGAGACAACAAUCUUACGGAAUCAUUACCACUCCGUGGGCAGCCAGAUCUGGUUAUUGGGGGCACUAAGGCUCAGCAGAAGACAGAUACACGACAUCGACAGCUUGAGAGACGUAGGUCAGGGCGGCGAAAGCACCGAUAUCUGAAGGCAGCAGAAACCACCUCUACAACGAGUGACACUGAAGUGGAGGGGGACGAGGAAGAAUUCUUCAAUGAUUUAUCGUCCUGGGCAUAUACCAAUUGGCUAGAUUUGCGUUGGCAACGUCCACUAACAUCGAGAACUAUCGUUGAAACAUGCCUCGAGAAGCAAGAUAAGUUCGAGGGCGUCGAUCAAUUGGAGGCUUUCAUGGACACCAAGCAUAGCGAACUGAUCUACCUGUGCCGCCAGCAGGAGAAACUGCUAGCCAUAGUUCGGGAGUGGCACGAUGAAUCGCUUAAGGUAGAUAAGGAGCAGAGUCGACUUCCUAGAGCUUUAAUAGAGUGGCAAGAUAUGCAACUAGGCCGUAUGGUAAGAGCACGUGUCCGGAUGAGACUUAUAAUGGGCCUUCACGAAAUUCUGGCAAGAGCAGUCGUUGACUAUAAAAUAACUCGUUAG